ACAGCUGUGAGCUUCGGUUCCCAUUUGGAACCGCCAAGCAGUCAAAUAUUUUGAAGAACGGCUUGCUUGUCACUGCGCAUUAAAAUACGCAAUUGUCUAAGAUGUCUGAUGAUCCAGACUACCUCUUUGCAAGGAAGCUUCAAAAGGAAAUCGAUGAGGAUGUAAUCAAUAUUGAUUCAGACUCGCGCCAUGCAAAAACUAAUCAAAUGUCGGUCAAGGAUGAAGACUACCAAAUUGCGAUGCGGCUGCAAGCCGAAUUUGAUGCCGAGAAUACCUCAAAUGCAGAUGAAAGUAGUGCUUCCUUUGCAGAAGCCACUCGGCCAUCAGACAUUAGCAUUUUGAUGCGCGGUGUGAGCAACAAGAAACGAGCAGACGAGCCCGUUGGCCACGAUGGUAAUUACCUGGAUCAGACACAGAAUCUCGUCCAUCCAGAAUGGGAGCUAGUCGAUCCCACACCAGACAUAUUCGCCAUGUUUGUGCGCUUCGAUGAAAAGUUCUUUAAUCGCCGUCUCAGCGCCGUCGCUGUCCAAUGGAGCAAACGUAUGUAUUCCUGCGCCGGUAUCUGCUAUCAGCGCGGCAACCGUCUGGGCAAAGAGGUGAUUAUACGCCUCAGUGAGCCGCUACUAAAGCUGCGUCCACGGAAGGAUCUAGUAGAGACGCUGCUGCACGAGAUGAUACAUGCAUAUUGCUUUGUGCUAAACAUAUUGGAGGGCAAUGGCGGACAUGGUCCGAACUUUAAGCGCAUUAUGGGAACGAUAAACAAAGUGGCGGGCACUAAUAUAACUGUUUAUCACACAUUCCACGAUGAAGUGAACGCAUAUAAGACGCACAUUUGGCGCUGCAAUGGCAUUUGCCAAUAUCAUAAUCCCUUUCAGGGCUGGGUGAAGCGCACAUCGAAUCGCGCUCCCGGUCCCAGUGACCAGUGGUGGGCAAAACAUCACCGCGAGUGUGGCGGCACCUUUGAGAAGAAGAGCGAGCCACCGAGAGCAGCUGCCAAAUCAAGCAAACCAGUUGCAAAACCAGCGUCGAAGAGAUCAAGCACUAUCACAUCAACUUCAAACGAUGACAUUCGCAAGUAUUUUGGCAACAAUAGGCCAUCUGUUAACUUACUGCCGCAAGCGCAGCCCCAUCUUGGACUACCAGGCGCAUUUCCGCCCACCUCAUAUCCGGGUCUAUCCAACGAACCAUUUGCUGGCAUUCAGACCAAUAACGCAAAGAAGCGUGGCAACAUAGUUGGCUUCAAGGAUCUGACCAGCGAUGGCAGCUCUAGCGACGAGAACAAGGACAAGGCCAACUCCAAAGUCAGUGGUAUGCAGGGUAAGGGCUAUAGUCUAAAAACGAGCAUCUCCAGUCAGCUCCACCCGCCAGAUAAUGUAAACCUCAACCAUAUGCGCGAUAUCUGGUCCAAGCGUUUUGAUAACCGAAAUAAACAAACUGAGCCAAAACAAGAGGCGCAAAACAAACAGAAUCCGAGCAAACGUCGACGCGACUCUUCAGAGACCGAAGGCUGGGAGAAAUGUGAUGAAGAUGUUUUCAUAUACGAUGUAAAAGUUCCAAUUUUAACCAUAUCAGAUAGCGAACAUGAGGCUGAGGCUGAGAAUAAUGUUGUGCUCACAAAACCACUAAAAUCGGCAGCAAUAAGUAGCCAUGAUCGCACUAUUAACAUCAAGCGCGAGGUUAUGGAGGAAGAGGGGCUGUACAAUGACGACGACAUUGUCAUGAUCGAUGAUGAGUACGAUGAUAACGUCGAUGAAAUGACUGCAGCCAUUGAGCUCUCCGAUCUGUCGAUUACUGAAGAUCUAUUUGGGGAGGAUACGCUGCUGCAGGAGUACCAGCUCGAAAACGAUGUGGUUGCCUGCAGCUCAGGCUUUCAGUUUAAUGCUGCCAAUGAUAUUACCAGCUGUCCCAUCUGCUUUGAGAAGAUGAAACGCUGUGAAUUUACCAAUCACCUGGAGGGCUGCAGCAUCACCAUUAAAGUGCCAGCGCCAUCGUACAAAGGCUUAUCAAAAUUGCCCGGCGACAGCAACACCAUCAACAAGCCAAAAUCAUCAGGAAAACCGAAACGCAAAUACUCAAGUCGUGGGUGUUUGAGAAGCGCUGGCUACUCAGAAAGCGAAAUUGCAUCGCUUGAUCUCAGUACGUCCAGCGAGUCAGACAAUAUGACACCACAACAGUGGCGCCAACGUUCCCUCAAGAAGCAGACAAAUCAGUGCCCCAAGUGCGGCCAGGAAAUGCUUGGCCAUCAAAUGGAGGCACACCGUAUGAUCUGCAAGCGCAAAAAACGCUGACAUUCUCAAUUCGUAGUUACAAAAACAUGUCAUGUGUGACUGGAAAUACUUAUUAUACAACUCAUUUGUCAGUUAUUAAUAAUAAUAAUAUUAUUCGUUAUUCUUAUGAAUAGUUUUUUUUAUUAAACUAGUUUUUCUUG